AUGGAGGUUGUGUUCGGAUCAGUGCCUUAUUUGUUGGUGAUGAGCCUGUUUUUGUUCACUGUUCAGUGUGUGCAAGCUGCUAACUAUCAAGCUGGCAGUCAGAUUCCUGUUUACGUGAACAAAAUUGGUCCAUAUGACAACACACACGAAACGUAUCAUUUUUAUAAAUUGCCAAUUUGCCGUCCCUCUAAGAUGGUAUUCAAAAGUUUAUCAUUAGGACAAGUACUUGAAGGCGACCGUAUUGCUGAAUCAAAUUUCAAGCUUAAGUUCGCAGAAAACCGAACCUAUGAGUCGUUGUGUGGCAAGAAUCACAUCACAGAGGAUGACUUCAAUAUUCUGAAAAGGGCGAUUGAGGAUGAAUUCUAUUUUGAACUUAUUGUUGACGAUAUUCGUGUUCGAUCGUUUGUUGGCGCUGUUGAAGAGCAGAACACAUUUCCACACACCCACAAACUGUAUCUCUUCAAUCAUUUCGUAUUCGAUAUCAAAUAUAAUCCCGAUAUCGGAGAGAUAAUCACAGUGAGGUUAAAAUCGGACUUGGAUUCAGCCAGAGAAAUAUCGACAGUACAACGCGAUCAAAUCGAAUGGUUUUACACUGUUCGUUGGACUAAGACUAAGUAUGAAACCAAACGUGAAGACGAUACGAUGGCAUUCUUCAAUCCGCGAAGCGCGAAAAUUCAGUGGAUGUCUAUAUUAAAUUCAAUACUUCUAGUCGUUUUACUUAUCAUAUUUGUGUCAUUCAUUUUGCUGUCUGUUGUGAAACGUGACUUGAAUCGCUACAAUCAAGUGGAUAAUGAUAGAGAUGACGAUUUAUUCAUGGAGAAUGGAUGGAAAACGAUAUCAACCGAUGUUUUCAGAGUGCCAAAAAAUGCGCAUAUUAUUGCAGCCAUAUUGGGUGUUGGAUCGCAAUUCAUUUUCUUGAUAUUCAUAAUACUGGUAAUUGGCUCGACGAAUAUCGUGAAUGUACAUCGACACGGUGUUUUGAGUGCAUUUGCAGUUGUCCUUUAUGCAUUCACUUGUGGUAUAUCCGGCUUUGUAUCAGCACGUAAAUAUUUUCAUUUUGGUGGCACUGAAUGGAUUAAGAAUGCAAAUUUAACAACGGGACUGUUCACAGUACCGAUGUUUUUGGUAUGGUCACUGAAUAACACUAUAUCAUGGUUAUAUAGUUCCACUCAAGCAUUACCCUACACGACGAUUAUCGCCCUUGCGCUAUUAUGGCUAUGUAUCGGGUAUCCACUCACCGUGGUCGGUGCUGCAAUCGGCAAGAAUAUAACUAACAGUUAUUCAGCUCCUUGUCGGACCAGAAACGUUCCUCGUCAACUUCCCGUCCUACCGUGGUACCAUUCAACGCUAUGCUUCGCCUUCAUCGGAGGUUUUCUGCCUUUCAGUGCAAUCUCUGUCGAACUCUAUUAUAUGUUUUCCUCAGUGUGGGGUCGUGAUGUUUAUAUAUUAUUCUAUGUGAUCCUGAUAACGUUUGUGAUAUUGAUUAUGGUUGUUUCCACUUCAUCAGUUGUAUUAACGUAUUUUCAACUGAAUGCUGAAGAUUAUCGCUGGUGGUGGCGAUCAAUUACCAGCGGAGGAUCGCUGAGUAUUUUUGUGUUUGCUUAUGGAGUAUUCUUUUAUGCGUAUCGUUCCGAAAUGUCCGGAAUACUACAGACGACACAAUUUUUCACUUAUUUAUUAUUGUUAUGUUACGUAUUCUUUUUGAUUAUGGGCACUGUUUCAUUCUUUGCAUCGCAUGUUUUCGUGCGUUUUAUCUAUUCAAAUAUCAAAACCGAUUGA